AUGGGCGACCGUGACCCUGCGCACAAUAAACGAAGUUCGAGGCGAACACGAAGACGCUCACCAAGCUUGCCACGAGAUCGGUCGCGCUCACCACGACAUCGUUCGCAUUCCGGAUCGGCUCAACGAUCAAGAGUCAGUCCUUUCAGCUCAGCAUCGACGCGAAAUUUAACAGAACAUGGCAAAUCAGCGGGCCCAGAGCCGAAUUCCAUACUUGGCAUUUUCGGUCUAAGUCCACGGACAACUGAAAACAGUUUGCGAGAUGCUUUUGGACGUUUCGGUCAAGUAAAAGAUGUGCAGAUCAUAAUGGAUAAGAAGACUUCGAAAUCUCGUGGCUUUGGAUUUGUUUAUUACGACACUAUCGAAGAAGCUACACGAGCUAAGGAAAGUAUGCGCUCAAUUAAGUUUGAUGGUCGUGCUGUGCGUAUCGACUUCUCAGUGACGAAAUGUGCGCAUGAACCGACUCCUGGCGUUUACAUGGGUCAACCGGUUCGUCGGACCAGUGAUCGAUCAGCAACAAUCUAUCGACGAUCGGAUCACCAUGAUAGAAAACGCUUUCGAUCACGUUCACGAAGUCGAUCGUCGAGUCGACAUCAUCACAGUAACAUUUCCAUUAUGUCUCAAAUUUCGUCGAACCAAAACUCAUGGCUUCUAUUUCCUCAAUCAUCACCAAUACAGAAUGGAGCUACAAAUGUAUCGGUGAUCGGUCAACCUACCGUUCUUCCACCUCAAAUGUAUCCAAACUCUCAACUUCAAAUGCUAUCACCGAUUCUAAUGAACCCACCGGGGAAAGCUCGUUACCAUAUUCCGCGAGUAAAUCCAAGUAAUCUGGAUGAUAUUCCAACCGAAUAUCGAGCGAUGUUAGCGAUUAACUAUCCGCCGCGUAAUGACGAUGAUAUCGAUGGAUGGUUCACCUACUUUCAAUAUGAAGUCGCAAUCUAUCGACAAGCAAUGAGACGUAUUGUAUUUGAUGUGAUGCAAUUACGUCAUCAACAUCGUAUCUUAGUCGCAGCUAAUACGGAUUUACAAUCAAAAAUAGAUAAUUAUGAUAAGAAGAAAAAAGUUCUCUACGAACUUUUCCAAGGAGAUAAAGUCGAUAAAGAAAAAGUUCGAGAAAUAUUCAAUCGUUUAAACGGCAAAAUUGCUGCGCAAACACGCGAAUUAAAAACCCAUGAAGUACAAAUCUCGGGCUAUGAACGAGAAUUAACACGAAGAGAAGAACUGCGUGCAAAAUACGAUCAAUUAGUUCGAAAGAGUCAAGCUCGUGAAGCUGAAAUCAAAACUACGAAGGAACGUAUUGACCGAGCUGAAGCACUGGAAGAUACGAUCAAAUAUCAAGAGCGUGUUAUUGAAAAACUUCAAUCAAUGAUAAGUAACUACAUGCGACAGCGACGAUCUGAAGGAACAAUCAAUGACAUUGACCGAACAUUGUUAACCGAACAUGCGGCUCUUGGAGUCGAGACAAAAAGACUUAUGAGAAACCGACCAGCAGACCAAACAGGAACGUUGGUAAACAACCGACAGGAGAUUAUCAGACAGACUCAAGCUCGUCAGCAAGAUCUUGAACAACAAAACCGUGCUUUUCAAAGAGAAUUAGAUGCACUGAGUGCCGAAUUCGAAGAAACUGCCGAGAAUUGGAAGAAAGAAAAAGCUGAUCUCCUUCAACAAAUAGAUGCGAUCGAUAAACCGCCAACAACGCGGCGCGCACAAGACAAUAAUCCAAAUUAA